UCCAUCAAAUUGAAUAUUUAUUUUAGAGAAACUUCCUAGUAUCAACACAACCAAUUAGAAGUACAUUUUAUGUGUUUAUAAAGUUCAAGUUUUCAAUUUGGAUGAAUGAUCAUUAUGUGGGGUUUAAUCUUUCUGAAAAAAGCGUUCACUCAAAGGCUCUUUAGUUUGUUACUUCUUAGUCAAUUUUUUAGCUUGGCACAUAAGCAAAAAUCAAAGGCUUCUUCCCACUCAAACCUAAAGCACAAUAUUGCAUAUAUCAUUGCUCUUCUUCUUCUUCUUCUCUUAAAAGCAACAUUUUUAUAUUCUUACACACAUUCACUCUCACUCAUUUAUAAAAGAUCACAAGUUUCCUUCUCGAUAUUCAAAACUCUUUGUUAUUAUUCUGGUUCUAUCGACAAAUCGCGUUCCUUAUGGACGUGAUUUUCUCUUCCUCUCAAGCUUUGUUGAAUGCUCAUAAUGGCAUUACUAGCCAUGUUGGAUUCAUUUGGCAACAAACUAGAACUACUUUAGUUGUGCCAUUGCUAAGAAUAAUUUUAUUUGUUUGCUUGGCCUUAUCAUUUAUGUUAUUUGUUGAGAGGCUUUACAUGGGAAUUGUCAUAGCUUUUGUAAAGUUGUUUAGGAGAAAACCAGAGAAGAAGUACAAGUGGGAGCCACUUAAGUGUGAUUUGGAAUUGGGAAAUUCUUCAUAUCCUAUGGUUUUAGUGCAAAUACCAAUGUGUAAUGAAAAAGAGGUGUAUCAAUUGUCCAUUGGAGCUGCCUGUAACCUUUCAUGGCCAUCAAAUAGAAUAUUUAUCCAAGUUCUUGAUGAUUCUACUGACCCUGCAAUUAAGGCUUUGGUGGAGCAACAGUGCAGGAGAUGGGCAAGCAAAGGAGUAAACAUAAAGUAUGAGAUAAGAAAUAACAGGAAAGGGUACAAAGCAGGAGCUCUCAGAGAAGGAAUGAAGCAUAGUUAUGUGAAGCAUUGUAGUCAUGUGGCCAUCUUUGAUGCUGAUUUUCAACCUGAGCCCGAUUUCUUGGAGCGCACCAUCCCUUUUCUUGUGCACAACCCUGAAAUCGGACUCGUUCAAGCUCGUUGGGAAUUUGUGAAUGCUGAUGAGUGUUUGAUGACAAAAAUGCAAGAAAUGUCAUUUGGUUACCAUUUCACAGUGGAGCAAGAAGUUGGAUCUACAGCCCAUGCAUUUUUUGGUUUCAAUGGCACUGCUGGGGUUUGGAGAAUGUCAGCUCUUAAUGAGGCAGGAGGAUGGAAAGACAGAACAACUGUGGAAGACAUGGAUCUAUCAGUACGAGCCGCUCUCAAUGGCUGGAAAUUCGUCUAUGUUGGUGACCUUAAGGUGAAAAGUGAAUUGCCAAGCACCUUCAGGGCGUAUCGCUAUCAGCAACACAGAUGGUCAUGUGGACCAGCUAAUCUUUUCAGAAAAAUGGCAAAGGAAAUUGCAAUAAACAAGAAAGUUUCUAUAUGGAAGAAAUUUUAUCUGAUUUACAGCUUCUUCUUCAUCCGAAAGAUCAUUGCACACGUCGUGACAUUCAUCUUGUAUUGUGUUGUUAUUCCUGCAACGAUUUUCAUCCCUGAAGUCCAAGUACCUAGAUGGGGAACUAUUUAUAUUCCUACAGCUAUUACUCUUCUCAAUGUACUUGGCUCCGCAAGAUCAAUGCAAUUGGUGGUUUAUUGGAUCCUAUUUGAGAAUGUUAUGUCCCUCCAUCGUACGAAAGCAACGUUCAUUGGCCUUUUCGAGUCAGGAAGAGUCAAUGAAUGGAUCGUGACAGAGAAACUCGGAGAUGCUCUUAAGACCAUAAAGGGCUCGAAAUCACUGAAGAAACUUCAGUUUCGAGUUGGAGAAAGGGUACAUGUUCUUGAGCUUUUCGUCGGGUUGUACUUAUUGUUUUGUGGGUGGUAUGACUAUUCGUUUGGAAGGAACAGGUUCUUCGUAUACCUCUUCCUCCAAGCUAUGGCUUUUUUCGUCGUUGGUUUUGGCUAUGUUGGUGUGUUUGUUCCAAAUUCUUGAUUCGAAUUCGGGACUUCUAUAGUAUUUUUGCCUUGGUGGAUUUCUUUCUUAGUUAAUAAAUGUCUGGAUUCUUGGGUUACUAAUUGGUGGUAUACUGGGCAAUCCGAAAUUUUUCUUGAAUAAUCAAAAAAAGAGUCUUCUAGUUUUCUUGGUGAAAAUUUUGAUUUCAAGUUAUUACUACUGUAAAAUUAUGAAUAGGGAGUAGCUUGAAAUUCUUUUGUACCACAAUGUGUAUAAGCAGCUAAGAGCAUGCUUCAUUUGUAUUUUUUAAAUUUUUUUUGUUAUUUUUUUUGUA